UAACCACGCCCAUAUAAUUUUAACCCCUUAUUGGAAUACAAGAUGGCGGAUAGUGUGACAGAGAGGAGUGAAAGCAAAGAAAAGGUGAAAAGAGACAGGCGACAAAGUUCAGAGGUUUCUGGUGAAGGUGCUUGGAUUAACGCUCACCAUGACCCCGUGGCUUCACUCUACACCUUCACAUCUUGUAUAGACUUGAAAGACCUUGACGGAGAUGGAGAUCACAAACUUUUGAUCGGAGAUUUGGCCAGUGGACAACACGACAUGAAACUAAAAAUAUUUAAAGGCACACAAGUAUCACACGAGAUUCCUCUACUUGAUCUACCGACUGGUGUCAUUGCUUUCAUGAUGGAUACCAACGAGCCGGCCAUCGCUGUAGCGUCCAACACUUAUGUAUACAUCUAUAAAACUGUCAGACCUUAUUUUAAAUUCACACUGCCGCUUUUAGAGAUUAAUAGCCAAGAGAAUCAGCUGUGGGAACAAGCAAAAGAAGAUGAAAUUGAUCCAACUCAGCUAAGAGACGGGCUAGAAGCCCUAAGUUCCAGCUGCUGCAACCCUCCUCUCACAGAGAGAUCACUAACUUUCCUUCAAUUAGAUGCCGAAGAUCUCUUUCCUUUCACGUCAAUUUUCAAACCCAUUCCUUUGAAAAGACAAGUACAUUCUUUAAACAAACUCUGUUUUAUUAUUUAUGCGCCAUAG